GAUGUGUGAAGCUAUGGAGCUGUGUUUCUGACAAUAGUGCAUCAGUACCCAGCAGCUCAAGAUUCGUUGGAGGGCCCCAGCUUUGAUGGCAGCCCCUGGCUGAAGUGGUCCCUCACAAAGCAGGGCUUGUGUGUGGGAAACGCUUGGUUUUUGUCUCUGCAGAAGGAUGCUGAACUAUGACACAAUGCCUGUUUGUUUGCAAUAGCUGAGACCAUCAUAAAGAGGGCAAGAGACAGGGGCAAGUCGGAGGAAAAGCCAGCGGGGAAAACUGGCAGCUGUGACAACGCGUCUUUCCUCUUUUGCCGAAGUGAGUGAGGGAAGGGAGGCAGAAAAGAAGAGAGAGACUGAGACUUACAACCGACGAUGUGUCAGUCAAACACCCUGCAGGGACCAGAACUGCAUUCAGGGAAAUGGUGAGAUGCUGCAAAGCUUUAUCUAACCCUCCUCCCUCUUGCUGCAACCUCCACAAAGUUAAAAUUCAUGUCCGGAGGCUGCGUGCAGGGAAUGGUGGCAGCGGCAGCUGUGCCGGGGAGCAGCACCCACAGCUGGAAAAUCCAGGCCCGGCUGGCUUUGCUGGGGCCACCCAAAGUAGGAGAGCCCGUUUCAGGUUGCAAUUUCCCCAGCUGGCCCUGAGGCGGAGGUUGGGCCAGCUGAGCUGUAUGUCUAGGCCUGCUCUGAAACUUCGUUCUUGGCCUCUGACUAUUCUCUAUUAUCUUCUGCCUUUUGGUGCUCUUAAACCCUUGACCAGAGUGGGAUGGAGGCCUAUGAGCAGGGUUUCCCUAUACAAAUCUGUGCCAACACGACUACUCUCACGAGCCUGGGGACGCUUAAACAGUGUAGAGCUGCCCACCUGGCUCCGGAAACCUGUCCUCAGCCUCUACAUCUGGACAUUCGGUGUCAACAUGAAGGAGGCAGCUGUGGAAGAUCUUCAUCACUACCGAAACCUUAGUGAGUUCUUCCGACGGAAGCUUAAGCCACAGGCACGGCCUGUUUGUGGUCUCCACAGUGUGAUCAGUCCGUCUGAUGGCAAGAUCCUCAGUUUUGGACAAGUGAAGAACUGUGAGGUUGAGCAAGUGAAAGGCAUCACUUACUCCCUGGAGUCCUUUCUGGGCCCACAUGCCACUACUGAGAAUUCUGAGAUCAAGCCAGCCUCCUGCACUGACUCCUUCCAAAACCAUCUGGUCACACAAGAAAACAAUGAACUCUAUCACUGUGUGAUUUACCUAGCGCCUGGAGAUUACCACUGUUUCCACUCUCCCACUGAUUGGACAGUGUCUCACCGGCGUCACUUCCCAGGCUCCCUGAUGUCUGUGAAUCCUGGGGUUGCUCGCUGGAUCAAGGAACUCUUCUGCCAUAAUGAACGUGUUGUCCUCAGUGGUUGCUGGAAAUAUGGCUUUUUUUCUCUGACAGCUGUCGGAGCGCAAAACGUGGGAUCCAUCCGCAUCUAUUUUGACCGAGACCUGCGUACAAACAGCCCCAGAUACAGCAAAGGCUCCUAUAAUGACUUCAGCUUUGUAACCAACAACAACAAAGAGGGCAUCCCCAUGAGAAAAGGAGAACAUUUAGGGGAGUUUAACUUGGGAUCUACCAUCGUUCUGAUCUUCGAGGCACCGAAGGACUUUAAUUUCUACUUGAAACCUGGCCAGAAAAUCCAUUUUGGAGAGGCCCUGGGAUCUCUUUAGAGCCUCCACUGCCU